CUCUCACAUUUGCCGCCAUCAACAGAAGGAUCGACGGCUGUCAAUCUCCGACGAACUUCGACGGCCAGAUUUCCGGCGUCUACGGUCACGAAGAUUGGAAGGUGAAUUGUGGAUGUGGAUAGGCGGUCGGAUAUUUUUUAGUUAAGAGUGUUGGCUACCGUUUUGGAGUAUGGCUUUGUCGGUUUCCAGGAGGCUGCUACGUUCAUUUGGUUCUGUUUUGGCAUCAGGCAGCUGCGAUUCUCCGAGUAUAUUGUAUCCAUCUUUACGUGCUUCUCAUGGGGUUAUCUCUUCCUAUGAGGAUUCUUCGGCUGUUAUAAAGGGUGUGUCAUCAUCUUUUGCUUAUCGAAGGCUUUCAACUCUGACCCCUGAAUCAAGUGGAGGUGCAUUUCCCUCUGAUCUAUUGUCCCAAAAGCCUGUGGUAGCAUCAGAACAUAAAAUAGGGAAUUAUCAAGACCUUGUGAUUCCAGUGACAAAUUUUCACAAUGAAGACAAAGGCUUGAUGGUUUUGCCUGGUGAUGUUUUUGAUGUUCCUAUCAGAAAGGAUAUUGUUCAUCGGGUUGUACUAUGGCAGCUAGCAAAAAGGCAACAGGGAACACAUUCAACAAAAACCAUCAGUGAGGUUAGUGGGACCGGUAGAAAGCCAUGGAAUCAGAAGGGUACUGGUCGAGCGAGGCAUGGAACUUUGCGUGGUCCUCAGUUCCGUGGAGGUGCGACAAUGCAUGGUCCUAAGCCACGAAGUCAUGCUAUUAAGCUGAAUAAGAAGGUUCGGCGUCUUGGGCUAAAAGUUGCUCUGACAGCUCGAGCAGCAGAGGGAAAGCUUCUUGUUUUCGAGGAUUUGGAAGUCCCAACACAUAAAACCAAGAAUAUUGUGAACUAUGUCAAGCAAAUGGAGAACGCCAAGAAAGUUCUAGUAGUGGAUGGUGGCCCCAUAAGUGAUAACCUCAAGCUGGCAACUCAAAACAUACAUUAUGUGAAUGUGCUGCCAUCAAUUGGUUUGAACGUCUACAGCAUCCUGCAGCAUGACACACUGGUGAUGUCUCGCGAUGCUGUAAACAAAAUUGUUGAACGGAUGCAUACUCCAAUUAACCGUUGAAUGCCUGCAUUGUCUGUUCAUUUCCGUUAGUUUUAACUUAGGUUAGAAGCUCCUUUUGUUUUUGUGGAAGAUCAAACGAAUUGCAGAAGAAUAAUGUAUGUUGUUUUGUUGCAGUAUGCAAAAUGCAUGUAUUGGAUAUUUGGAAUAUUUUGUAUCAAGUUACAAUCUGUUAGAUAUUUUGUGGUUGAUCGUCAUUACAACAUUCACUACGUAAUUGAAUGUUUAUGUCGUUUUCAUAA